AUGAAGCUAAUGUUCUUAUAUAUCCUGAAGGUUAAUUUAGAGCAAUGUAAAAAACAAUGGAAGCAUUGGGUAACAAUUCAAGAAUAAAGAAUUAUAUUAAAAAAUUUGAAUAAUCUGAAUAAGGUGGUGAGAUUCCUGCAUUUCAUUAUGGAUCACAUUAUUCAUCACUAGUUAUUACUUCUUAAUUUCUUAUUAGAUUAAAACCAUUUACAACAAUAGCAAAAGAGAUUUAAGGAAAUAAAUUUGAUAUUCCUGAUCGUUUAUUUUAUUCUCUUGUAGAAAGUUUUCGUUGUGCAACAGAAUGAUGUAAGAGAAUUAAUACCAGAAAUGUUUUGUUUAUCUGAAAUGUUUCUUAAUUUAUAGAAUUUAUAAUUUGGUAAAACAUAAAAUGGAAUUCUUGUUAAUAAUGUAUCAUUACCUAAAUGGGCUAAUAAUAAUCUAUAGAGAUUUGUUACAGGUUAAAGAAAUGCACUUGAAAGUGAAGAAAUAUAAAAGAAUCUUACAGAAUGGAUUGAUUUAAUAUUUGGAUAUAAAUAAAGAAGUAAACAAGCAGAAAAAUUUUUAAUAUUUACUUUUAUGUUACAUAUGAUUAAUAACUAACAUUAUAAAAAAUGAAAGAAAAUAAAGUUAGUAUUGAAGCUUAAGUUGUUAAUUUUGGAAUUACUCCUUUAUAACUAUUUUUUAAAUCACAUAUUGGAAGAUAAAUUAAUUAAGAUCAUCAUUUUGUUUCUAAUUCUUAAGAAUUAAAAGUUAUCGACCAUAAAAUAAAAAGAAAGUACCUAAUACAAUGAAAUCAAUUAUUGAUUUUUAAUAAGCUAGUAAUAGAGUAAUUGUGAAAAUUAAAUGGACAUCAGAUGUUAGAUUAUUAUGUAUAAGAAAAGAAGGUAAAAUUUAUUAUCUUAAAUGGACAAGUUAAAUUGAUGUUUAACCCAAUAAAUCACCAUUUCAAUGUGGAUUGGAAAAAUAAUUUAAUUUUGAAAAACCUUAAACUGAAUUUUUAAUAUUUGGGAUAUAUCAGCCUAAUUAUCAUCUUACCCAUUAUUAGUAUUCAAUCAGGGUAAAUUAUUUAUUUGUGGAAGUUAUCAUCUUGGAAAAUUAAUUAUUAUAGGUGAUAAUAAUCAAAUAAUUGAUAUUUAUUAAAUACAUACUAAUACUAUCACUACAUUAGCAUCAGAUAAAAAAGAAUCUAUGAUUAUCUCUGGAGAUAAAAGUGGACAUGUUAUUUUAUGGAAGGUUGAUAAAUUAAAUGCCAAAUGUAUGUAUUUUGAUCAUUAAAAUUAAGUAAUUUUAAUCAAUUUAAAAUUAGAUUAAUUGUAUCCAUGUAUCUAUUAGUAUGAAACUAUUUGCUAAUGGUUACAUCUAUCUAUAUAAUUUAUACAAUGGUUAAUUUAUGAGAUCAUUUCUUCAUCGUAAUAAGAAUACUAUUCUUAUGAGUAAUAGACCAAUCUUUUGUAUCGUUUUCUAUUCAACAUAUAAUCAUUAAGUCUAUAGUUAUUCUAUUCAUGGAUUUUUAUUGGAAGUACAAAAAGAACAUAGCUUUUCUUUAAUUGACUGUUAAAUUAUGAGAAAUAAUCUCUUUUAAGACAUCAUGGUAAUAUAUAUCUAUUAUUAUUAGAUUUAUGGAACUGAAAUGAUGAGAACUUUACAAUUAAUUGAAGAUAGAUACUAUUAAGAUUAAAAGGAAGAGGAUGUUUCACAUAAAGAAUAUUAGGACACUUGUACUGUGGUAAUAAUUAUCAAUUUUCAUAAAGGAUCUAUAAAAUUUGAAUUAAAAUAUCAAAGUAAGUGAUAAUGAACGCAUUAAAUUGGAAGCAAGAUUGGAAGGGGAAAUUUAUCCAAAAAGAGAAAUCUUAUAAAAAUUGUUUACUUAAAAGUAAAGUGGGCAUAAAGAAUUCAAAGGAGAAUCAAAUGAAUUAGAUUAAUAAAGAGACGAAGAAAAUGAAGAACAUUAACAUAAAAUUCAUGAACAUGAAGAUGUUAUUUCAAUAUUAAUGUAAACAAGAACUCUUUUUUCAGAGAAUCUCUAAACAUAAGAUAAUUCUUUUAUUCAAUUAAACAAUAAUGGAAUUGAAUUACCAUAGAAGCAUUUGGGAGCAUCAAUAAAAAGAGCAAGUAUUUAUAAUUAGAAAAGAUAUAGGAAAAUUUACAUAUAGAACCUCAUGGAGUAAAAUGUUUAAAGCUUUGGCUACCAUAACUUCAAGAGUACAUUAGUUAUAAGAUUCAGCCUAAGUAGAAAAUGUUAUCUUGCUUAGAUUAAGUUCAGGAUUGUAUGGAUCUUGA